CUUUUUUCCUCUAUUCACACCUUCAUACUCUUCUCUGUUUCUUUUGACGGAUCGAGGAAGAAGAAACAAGGAGGAAAAAUCGGUGUUUUGAUUAUUUUCUGGGCAAAAAUAUAGUGAAAGGUCAGGAGUGGGAAAUAUGGUUGUCGAUGACUUGAUGGAUAAUAUCAUCAUCGUCGGCUGUGGAUGUUCUUCUUCUUCUUCUCGCUUCUCCGAUGCUUAUCCUAAAAGGGCGUCGAUGGAGGGGAGAUAUAGUGGGGAUUAAUAUGAAGGUUUUCAUACGGCUGUUUUCUUGAAUUGUUUUGCGAUGCCAACAUUGAACCGACCAGCAAUACAACUCAUCAGCCAGAUGAGGUAGCAUGGGUGAUUCGCGUCUCACAUCUUUGUCUAUGGAGAAUCAUCACCCUUCCACGCUCUUAUCCAUGGAUUCAAGUGCUUCUUCCCAUGAGGAACUCGAUUUGGAGAUGAAUCGCCAGAUCAUUCUUUCAGGUCCACCAGAUAUCAAUUUGCCUCUUUCAGCAGAACGCAGUCCUCCCCCACAGCCAUGGAAUUCUGAUGCUUGUGAUAUUUUGGAUGUUGGUCUCGGAACUCAAGGCUAUGAGACUGAGAGUUUCCUUAACAUUCCCAAAAGUGGAAGGAAAUUUGCCAAGCGGGUUGAUAGUAUAUGGGGUGCUUGGUUCUUCUUCAGUUUCUACUUCAAGCCUGCGUUAAAUGACAAGUCCAAGGCCAAGAUUGUCAGGGACGGCAAUGGUGUUACAGGGUUUGACAAAUCAGAUCUCAAGCUUGAUGUUUUCAUGGUUCAGCAUGACAUGGAAAACAUGUACAUGUGGGUUUUCAAGGAGAGGCCUGAGAAUGCACUGGGUAAGAUGCAGCUAAGGAGUUACAUGAAUGGUCAUUCUCGCCAGGGAGAGCGUCCAUUUCCGUUUAGCGUCGAAAAGGGUUUUGUUCGAUCCCACCGGAUGCAACGAAAACAUUACAGGGGACUCUCAAACCCCCAGUGUCUGCAUGGCAUUGAAGUUGUUCCUUCCCCUAAUCUCAUGGGUCUUGAUGAGGAUGAUCGGAAAAGGUGGAUGGAACUCACAGGCAGGGACUUGAAUUUCAUCAUCCCUCUUGAGGCAAGUGACUUCAGUACCUGGCGAAAUCUCCCCAACACAGAUUUUGAGCUCGAGAGACCACAUCCCACAACCAAGAAUGCUUCCAAUGGGCCCUCAAAGAAGCUGCUGAAUGGAUCUGGGCUGAAUUUAUCAACUCAUCCAGCUAACCAUAGUAAUGGUGAUGCGAUGGACCUGUCUACUGUGGGCAGCAAGAGGCGGAAGGACUUUUUCCCUCCUGGAAACAAGGAGGAAUGUUACUUGGCUGUGAAUCCUCCAUCAGAUCGGAUUCCAGACAUGGAAAUGCAUCCUAGUGAGCCACACUGGUUGAGUGACUUUAGUGGGGUGAUGAAGAAUGUUUAUGGACCCGUAACAGCGGCGAAAACAAUCUACGAGGAUGAAGGAAGCUACCUGAUCAUUAUCAGCUUGCCCUUUGUGGAUCUGGGGAGCGUCAAAGUCUCUUGGAGGAACACUCUCACUAGAGGGAUCAUUAAGGUGUCCUGUGUUAGCACAUCGGGAAAGCCGUUUAUCAAGAGACAGGACAGAACUUUCAAGCUUUCGGAUCCGUCGUGUGAGCACUGUCCUCCCGGGGAGUUUGUAAGAGAAAUUGCACUGUCGACCAGAAUUCCGGAAGAUGCAAACAUAGAAGCAUACUAUGAUGGGCCAGGUUCGGUUCUAGAGAUUAUGGUGCCAAAACUCAGUGCAGAACCUCAAGAACACGAAGUGCGCGUUUGUCUUCGUCCUCAUCUAGGUGGCAAUGAUCUCAAGUUGACUUGAGGUUGAGAUCAGACGCUAGGCAUUUUGGGAAAAACUCUGUAGGGUUGUUAGUUGCUAGAAUGGUCCUUGUUUCAUCAUUAUUUUACUAACUUUUGUUCUGUGAUAUCUAUAAACAUUUUGUCUGUAUUAAUGAGAUUAUUAUUGGGGUAUUUUAUGGAAUUCUGAAGUAGGAAAGAAA